GAAGAAAAUGAAAUACCUGCAAGCGUCUUUGUGAAAGAACCAACACCAGUUCCCAGCAUUACAGAAGGCACUGAAGAAUCUGCUGACCCAAACAAGUUACAGGAGGAGACCAUGCAUACAAUUGACCUAUCUUCAGAUGACGAAAUUAAUCAUGAUGAGGAUGGCCAUGACGAUAGUAUAGAUGAAAAGUUAGAGCCCACCAGAGCUGAGAAAAUGAAGCGAUCUAGUCUAAAGAAAGUAGAUAGCCUGAAAAAAGCUUUUUCUCGUCAAAACAUAGAAAAGAAAAUGAGCAAGAUUAGCACUAAAAUUGUGUCACCAGAAAGAAGAGAAAAAAUUAAAAAGUCCUUUACACCAUCCCAUAAUAAAAAUUCAAAAGGCUCAUCAUUCAAAGUUCCAAUAGCCUUUAGUGUGAAGAAAUCUCAUGAUGAGGAGACACAUACAGAGUCUGAAGGAAAAAAUGAAGCUGUAGAAGAACAAGCUGUGAAUGAGCAGAAUGGCAGUCCAGAACAUGAAAACACUUCUCCAACAGAGGAUGCAAAGGUGUUUGAAGAAGAGAAGGUGACUAAAGAUGCCACAGAUAAAGAAGACAAAACUGAGGAAGUACAAGUGAUAAGGAAAAGUACAGAGUUGGCUAUUGUUGAAGAUGAAGAUGAGAAUGAAGUGGACUUUGAAAGCGAGAAUCCAUUUAGCACUGAAUAUAAGCCAACACCUGAGGAACUAGAAGAAUCCUAUGAAGCACCUACUCAGUCAACUGCUCUCCAAAUAGACCAAAGUGCUUAA